GCUUCAGCAAAGAAAAAAAGGAAGUAUCAUCGUCACACUUUAAUUUGGCAAAUAUAAGAACUGAGGAGUCUUCGAAUUGGCUUAUUUAUCCUAUGCUGUACUGUAUUCGAUAAAUCCUUAGAAAAUAUGGUGAAUUUAACUUUCAUUGCCAUUUGCAUUGGACUUUCUGCUGUCCCAGCUUAUACCAACAAAAUUUCAUCCAUAAAUGCAGCAAACAAAGCAGAAAGCCGAGAUGUUUGCGGCGGAAUCGAAAGCAUCGUGUUGACCCAAGAAACGGACCACGGGUUCAUAGCGAGUCCGGGGUACCCAGGCAGAUACCCGAAUUCUGUGGCAGCCAGGGACUGUGGACAAGACCUAUCUGUCGACAGUGACAGUAUCGACAGCGUGAGGCUGGGUUUCCUACAACUCCGAACAAUCUAUGGAGACUACGUUCAACUGGAAGUCCGAGACACGGCACCGGACUUGGAAUACGUUGAACAGUUGUCGGGAAUCUCAGACUUGUUCCUGCCAUUAUUAUUGGCGGGAAACAAUGCCACGGUUUUCCUGCAAAGCGACUCUGCGGAAACUGAUAUUGGUUACUUGGUUGCAUAUGCUGCUGAACUGCCUCGUAACACCAAAGAUGAGCAAAUCGAGGUAGAAGACAAAAGCGGUCCCGGCAUUUACGAACCGAAUUCCGUGGAAGUGAUCAACAUCAACACCGAAACCGGAGAAAUCACGACCAACGGGGACGUGACUCAGUUGCACACAAAGGUGCAACCGGGUGCUUCAAAACAAUACGGUUUCGUUUCGUCACCGAACCACCCGGACCCUUAUCCCAACAGUCAAACCGUUGACUACAACUUGUCGGGUCCCUCGGGAUCCAGAUUUGCCCUGAGGGCCCUGCGAACCAGGUUGGAGACGGGCUACGACAGCGUCUACUUUUUGGAAGACGGAAUCCCGUUUGCGGGUGGCUAUACUCUGAUGACGAGCAUCGCUUACAGCAGCACAAAUGAAGUUACUGUGCGAUUCAGAAGCGACUCUAGCAACACUUUCAGCGGUUUCCUGAUUGCUUACGCAAACAUUGUACCAUGAAAUCUUUCUUUUCUUCGACGCUCGAAGGAAAAUUUUCAUACUUGAGGGUAUCUUCGGAAAUGCAAUAAGUUAUAUAAAACUUGCAAACCGUUGGAGAAAUUAAAGGCACGAGUUUUUUUUAAGGCACCA